CUUGACGUGUUGGUGGUGUGACAUCAUUACUUAGUUCAGUGAGAAUUGAAACUUUGUCAACCUCCUUUCAAUGUCGCAAGUUGUCAUGUGUAUGGGGUUUACCUUGCGUUGUAUUCAGCAACUCCUGUAGUGGGCACACGUCUCGUGUACUACAAUUGGUUUGACGUCAUGGAGUUCAUAACUUCAUUGCCUCUGGAAAGAUAAGUCUUAAAUAAGACUAUGGGUGAUCAGGGGAAGAGGACUGCUUGAUUGCAUCCAAGAUACUAUGCUAAUUUAAGGAGAAGGAUACAUUAACCACAAAAGAUAGUGGCCAAAAAAAGUAGGUACUACCAAUGACAACGUACGAGAAAGAACCAUCAAUGAAAUCUAGUGGGCUACAUCAUACUUCGGUACUUUUGAUGCAUAUUACAAGGGACCAAGAACUGGUCAAGGACUCUUUCCCUCAAACAUAGGCAUGGCUGAGGAGUGACCUCUGGUGGCAGAACGGGAUGGCCAGGAAAAUGGCUUCGCCUCCUCCUUGUGUCAGGGCUAGUGAGCGUGCUUCUCAAAGCACCUUCUGCAGAGGGGCGGAGGACGAUGAUGCCUCACACUGGAUGCCUGGGUAGCAGCCAUGGGCGCGCCUGCCCCAGCGCCCCGUAGACCCAGUUCGUCCUUGUUAUCUCACAGAAUAGCUCUCCUUGAAGGGGAGAAAAGUGCUCCCGAGACCAAAGAUGUAUCUACGAAUAAAACUGAGGAACCUAAUGAACACGAAACAACGGAGGAAAAUGUAAGAAACAAUACUAGUGCAGUACUGACUCCAAAGAGUAGCAAAGAAGAGCUAAGUAGUGUAGCUUCCAACAAGGAAGAGCAAAGUAGUGUAGCUCUCAACAAGGAAGAGCAAAAUAGUGUAGCUGUCAACAAGGAAGAGCUAAGUAGUGAAGCUCGCAACAAGGAGGAGCAAAGUAGUGUAGCUCACCACAAGGAAGAGCUAAGUAGUGUAGCUCAUCACAAGGAAGAGCUAAGUAGUGUAGCAUCACAAGGAAGAGCUAAGUAGUGUAGCUCAUCACAAGGAAGAGCUAAGUAGUGUAGCUCAUCACAAGGAAGAGCUAAGUAGUGUAGCUCACCACAAAGAAGAGCUAAGUCAUGUAGCGCUCAACAAGGAAGAGUUAAGUACUGUAGCUCACCACAAGGAAGAGCUAAGUAGUGUAGCACUCAACAAGGAAGAGUUAAGUAGGGCAGCUCUCAACAACGAUGAAGCAGAGGAUAUGGUCAGCUCAGCUAGCGAAAACCACUCUACUAUGCUAAAGAUGAGUGAAGAACAGGAACUGCCCUCCCUGAGCAAAAACACAACCAACACCAAAGGAACAUCAACUGCCAUUUCAGUAAUACCAGACAAGGUCUCUGAGGCGCACCGGCAGCCGUCGAGGCAGGCUCCUUAUAACUAUAGGAAAGAAGAAGAAGAGGUCACGUCCAGUUCCUCGACGUCCGUAGCAACUUCAAGAAUGCUCCUGGUUACAGAUGGGUCUAGUACAUCACCCUCCAACCUCUCCGUGAAUGUCGACAUGCUUAAAUGGCGUCUCACCGACACCAACCUUUUGGAUGACAUCGCCAGCAUCAUGGGGAACGAAAAGGGCGAGACAAAAGCAAACCCGAACAGAAGUGGGGAGACAAGUGAUGAUUCUAAACCAAAGUUCAGCAAAGCAGCUUCGGAGGUGGUCGAAACUAGAGUGUUACCUCCUGGUGAUUUUGGCAAUGGUAUCAAGAAGCCGUCUAGAAUCGAGCAGGGUUCCUGGGCAUCCCUGUCGCCAAAAGAGAGGCUCCUGCUUCGCCAGAAGUUGAUGAAGGAUCUGGAGACAUCCUACAACGUCCCGCUUCCUUCCAGGAUCCGAUACCGCCUGAAGAAGAAGCCCUCGGUGUACACGUCGAAGAAGCCGAAUUUGAAUUCUCGUUUCGAUGUUGGGAUACCUGACAUAUACGAAACAGAGGUCCACGUCACUCCCAAGUACCGCAAGAAGCCCCUAGAAAGUCGAGGUGCAGCAGAUAACAACCAUCAGCACUAUCUUCCUAGCCCUGCAGGACCCUCUUAUGUACCCUUGGGGGCUCUGGUCACCCCAGCUUACGGCGAGGAGGAAUCACCCGUAACAAAGCCUUACAUUCCAUUAAGCAGGAGUCCUCAAGCUGAAAAUGCAGCAGGUCUAGUGUUCCGCCCACCUCGGAGACCACCAGGCAUUAACCGUCGACGCACAGAAGGCCUCUUGCGUCGGCCUACUGGAAGGCCGUACUACUUCACGACUGUGACAGACAGAGUGAGCUUGCAAGCUCAUCUACAGUAUCGACGACCAGUAUCUUUCAAGUUCAAAAGGACAAGCAAUAAUCAAGAUUACCAUGGCGACUCUCUCACGGAUCCAACGACACGCGUGCAUACAACAGAGCCUUAUCCAACACCUGGGGCUCCUUAUCAUGAAACAGGAAGCAGCCCUUAUCAUGAGAGUACUACAGCCGGAUAUGCAAAGCCACCAGAAAAGUACCUUCCUCCAACAAAUGACUAUGUUCCACCCAAACCUCCUCAUCCAACAACUCCAUCAUAUGAUCAUACUGUUUCAAAAGGACCUCACGCAGGAGUCUCUCAGAAAUACAUUCCUCCAAGCAAAGAUUAUGAAACUCCUAAAAGUACACACCCAGAGCCUGUAACGUAUACAGAACCACCACAGAAAUAUAUUCCCCCAAGUAAGGAAUAUAUACCACCUCAUGCCACACCAGAGUCAUAUGGAAAACCCAGCACUGCAGAAUACCAGACACCAAGCCCAGAGUAUGUAACUCCAAAAAUUACUCUGGAACCUGUUACCCACUAUCACAAAGAACCACCUCAGAAAUACAUCCCACCAAACAAGGAAUAUGUAUCUCCCCAUGUUGAUCAUAAGCCUUAUGACCAACCACCAUCGGCAAAUUAUGAGCUUCCUAGCAAAGAGUAUGUUCCACCGAAGUCCUUGAGAAUUCCAAUUUUAAAUCACAAAUCACCACAUAAAGAAUAUGCUGCACCACCUCGAAAGUAUCUCCCACCCAAUAAGGAAUAUGGUGAUGCUCCUGCUAAUGAAAAGCAUACUGGAGAUGAUUAUACACCACCACCAAGAAAAUACAUACCCCCAGAUAAACAUUAUUUGACACCUCAAAGGACGCCUGAAAAUGGCCACCCUAACAGGAGGAGACGUCCAGGAAAAAGACGGCGGAAGCACAGGAAACGUCCAACACCGCCCAGUCAGCAAUACAUUCCACCAAGUAAAGACGAAUAUCAUGAUACCAAGGAACCUUCAGAAUAUAAAGAACCUGAAAGGAACUACGAACCCCCAAACGAAGAGUACGUUCCUCCCAAAGCACCAUCAGUAACCACUAGCUUACCUGCAUCUUAUUCUACACCAGCAAGAACUUAUUUACCUCCUGUUCAGGAUUAUAAAGUUCCUCAUCAGAGCCAUGUAACCCCAAGUUCCCAGUAUGAACCUCCAUCCAAUGAAUAUAUUCCUCCUCUGCAACCAACAACUCCAGCAGGACUUUAUGAAACUCCAGUACCAACAUAUGGGCCACCAUCUCAGAACUAUGAACUACCUAGCAGAGAUUACUUAUUACCAGCUAGACCUGAAUCUUAUGACACAUCACUUCCAAGUUGGCUUAUGAGCUUACAAGGUAAGACACCAUCUGUAGCGGAAGAAAAACCGAGACCUUACACUGCAAACCCAACCCCACCUCCAGGAUAUCACCCAAAACAUUCCACAAGAGAAGAGCAUUUUCCAAGUACCCAUCCAGGUCACAGCCAUUCUUCACCUGGCUAUCAUGCCCCUAUACCUACUUAUGCACCUCCAGAUAAAGAAUAUCAUGUCCCUGAGGUCACAUACAUACCUCCUAUCCAUGAAGCACCAGGUUAUUUACCCACAUCUCCAAAGCCUGGAUACCAUGCACCAGAACCAAGCUAUUUACCAUCCAAACCAGGAUAUCAUGCUCCUGAACCUACUUAUGCACCUCCAAAAUCUGACCAUCACACUGUUGAGCAAGAAUACAUUCCCCCCAAAGUUGAUUACCCAAUCCCUACUCAUCACUCUUCUCCAAGACCCGGCUAUCAUGCUCCUGAACCAACAUAUGUCCCACCCAAGGUUGAUUACCAUACCCCUGAACCAGAGUAUCCUUCUCAUGAGCAAGGUUAUCACUAUUCAUCACCAAAACCAGGUUACCAUGCUCCUGAACCAACAUACGCUCCUCCUCAUCCAGGUUACCAUGCCCCAGAGCCAACAUAUGCCCCUCCCAAGCCAGAACAUCCCAAGGAAGCUUACAUUCCACCAAGGCGUGACUAUGAGGUUCCUGAAGAUGAUUUUCAUCCUCCAAAGUAUGUGCAUUCAACACCCAAACCAAGAUACCCUGCUCUAGGUCUUACAUAUAUCCCUCCAAAACAUGAAUUUUACACUCCUGAUCCAUCUUACGAAUCGCACAAACCAGGAUACCAUGCUCCUGAGCCUACGUAUGCACCCCCUAAAGUUGAAUAUGCUUCCCCAGAGCCUACAUACACAGCACCAAAGCCUGGAUAUCAUGAGCCGGAGCAGACUUAUCUAGGUCCUAAAGGAGGUCAACCCAUUGCAUCUCAUCCUGACCAUAAACUUGGGUACCAUGCCCCAGAGCCUACCUAUAAGCCCCCUAUUUAUGAACACCACCAUGAAGCUGGAUACCAUGCUCCCAAACCCACAUAUAAACCACCAGAUUAUCCUGUUACUACAUUAACCCCUACUUACGCACCACCACCGAGGACAUACGUACCACCAGUGAGUGAAUACUUACCGCCAAAGAAAGAUCACCACACGACACCUGCGUAUAUUCCACCGAAGUCACCUGAAGACACUUAUGUUCCUCCUAAGUUACCUGAAGUUUUGAUACCCAAGACUCCAUACGCACCCCCUCCUCCCCCACCUCUUCAUUUACCUAUCGACCUAACGUAUCUACCCCCAGAAAAAGAAUAUCACGCGCCUGCGCCCCACUUGCCCGUCACGCCUUCUCCAGUGUAUACCUCCACCAUAGCGUAUGUUCCGGAAAAGGAAUACAUCCCCCCUCAAACAACUCCAGCUCCAGAUUACGUGGCGCCACUCCCUCCAAAGAAGGCGUACAUCCCACCACCAGCCAUAACCAUCGAACCGAACCACGACCCUCCGCUGAAAAUUCCUCACGUACACCACGUCACAACCUACAAGCCCAACUUGAACGCCAAAGUGCAGAGUCUGCAGGACUUCAGUUACCCGGGAGAGAGGAAGGUGUCGCCACACACGGCGUUCCCGCACUUAAUCGGCAACAUAUCUUCAACGACCUACUCCCCUCCGGUUUACACCCCAACCACAUUCGGCCCCGGGUAUAACGACCUUCCGCCAAGCGUCAAACCACCCGUGCACCAUCCGGACUACGUCCACGACCUCUACGACGACUAUGAUGACUAUUACUACUACUAUGAUGAUGAUGACGACUACUAUUACUACGACGACGACGACGAUUACUAUUACUACUACUACGAUGACGACGACUACGACUACGCCUUGGCUCCCGCGAAGAAGCCCGUGCCCCACCAUCUCGUCCCCCAAUUGGACUACGACAUUCUCGACAACGAGAUCUACGACUUCGGCUACAUCGCCGGGAUACCAGGUCGCGCGGGUCGAGACUACCCCAUACUCAGCUACAUCCCUCUGACCUCUUUCGGAUGCGACCUGGUCGCAGAUUAUCCCGGGUACUACGCAGACAUGGAAGCAGGAUGUCAGGUUUUCCACAUCUGCCACAGAAGUGGCCGACAAGACUCGUUCCUGUGUCCGAACGGGACGAUUUUCAACCAGAAGUACUUCGUGUGCGACUGGUGGUACAACUUCGCCUGCGAGGACGCCCCGUUCUUCUACCCUGUGAACGCGGCCCUGGGCCACCCGGGCGUGCCGUUGCACCGCAACGCUUUCGAGCCGGACCUGGAAGCGGCGCGCAAGCUGCCACCUCUGGAACGCAACCAGCCUCGUCGAGAUCACCUCCAUCUUCUGGGGCACGUCACCGCAGCCAUUCCUCAUCUAGUCUCGCCGUCGCCUCAUCACGUCCUCACUGUUGCUCCUCAUUAUUCAUGAGAUACCCAUUGACCUUUAUAAAUUUAGAAUAUUUUGUUCCCAUCAUCUCGUCAGCCAUUGCAUCGUCUUUCGUUCUAAGAAGCUGUGUCAGAGAAACAAAAUCCACUGGGCCUGUUGCAAGGAUGGUUGUUUUGCUUUAACCGAAAUCUUUUUCUAUUAAAUCAGGUGUUUGAUCUACAGAGACUCUAGCUAGUAGGAAUAAAAAAAAAAAUGCAUAUUUUUGCUCUACUCAAAAGUUUUGUUCUCGUUAAUCGUAAAUGGAGUUUAUUAAAAUUUUAAAAUGGAAAAUAGUGAUUCCACUCCAUUAUCUGCAACAUAUUGACGUUUGACAGUUCUGCACUAAACAUUAUGGAAUUAGAGGGUUAACACAGAAAACAUCAACUGUUAGCCUGAUAUGUGCCAUUUUCAUCAAAAUAAAUAUCUGGUUUAUUUCUGUACCUUCAGAGUGGUCUGUCAGAGCUCACGCAGAACCUUUUGUUUAGCAAUUUUAUGUAACAUGCUUCAAGAAAAGCCAUCAAAUUAGUAAAUAUUGUUAUUUUUAUAUCAGCAUUAGCUAUUGAGGGAUGGUUUGUUGUUUUCUUAGUGCCUCCUAGCAUCGAAACGUAUUGAAAAAGUACCGUGAAUUUGUUAUCAGUUUUUGCCAUUUAUCUUAAGUGCACUCUUCACAGCAAUUUCACCCGUGCGUUGUUCAAAGAUGCAAUUUCUGGUUGACGAUUUUUAUUUUUUUGCUUUUUCCUUGUUAAUGAAAUCGGAACUUAUUCUUUCUGUAAUUACUUUCUGUCAGUCAAAUAACCCUUGGUAUUUGAUUGAGUAAUCUGUAAAUGCAGUCUUUGUACCUAGAAAAAAUCUGCUUGAUAUCAAAAUCUAGUCCGCAUAUUGUUUUAUGUAUAUAAUGUUAUUUCUUAAUGUAACAUAGGUAGUUUUUUAUGUAGCCUUAUUCUUCAGAUAUUAUGUUAGUGCUUUUUCUGCUUGGAACUGUGUUUCUGUGUGUAUACAGUUGUGCGUUUGUAUUCAUCUGCAUACAUUCACACAAAUAUGAUAAUCUUAUGUAUGAAGGACAGCAUGCAACGAUUUUAUGAUAACGUAGGUGACCUAGUGCUGGAUCGCUAUUUCGCCCUGCACGGGAUUGAAUCCUUUGAAGAAGGAAGAAUUUCUGCAUCUCAUACCACAAUCCGGAUUCAAGGCUUCCAUGAAAAAAUUUAU